AUGCUGAAGGCUUAUAGGACAUUCCAGCUGUCCGGCGGCGAUGUCUUCACAGGAUGGCAAGAACCAUCGUCUCACCAGGUUGAAGAGGGAAAGUAUUGCGGGAACUGUGUCACUUGUGGUUUCUACUUCAGGUUACGAUUACCACGAGCCAGUAGCAGUAGUGUUACCUUCACUGUCAAUGGGACUCAGUAUACAGUGGGCAAUGAAUACGACCCAGCUACAUCUCUUGUGGAGUAUCUGAGGUCGUCUGCGAUAUCCAAAGGCACCAAGCAGGUGUGUGUUGAGGGAGGCUGUGGCUUGUGUCUGGUCGUCGUCAAACUCUACGAGCCAAUCAGUGGAGUCAAACAGCUGUAUACUGUCAAUUCUUGUUUGGUUCGGCUGUACAUGUGUGACGGGUGGGAAAUAACUACAAUCGAAGGAUUGGGUAACCCACGCACAGGACUCCACCCGAUACAACGGCGUCUCACCCAGUAUAAUGGCUCUCAGUGUGGCUUCUGCAGUCCCGGGCAGAUCAUGAAUAUGUACGGUCUGUUGCAAAGAAAUCCACAACCUACAAUGGAACAGGUGGAAGAUGCUUACGAUGCCACAAUCUGCCGUUGCACAGGAUACAGACCUAUCUUAGAUGCCAUGAAGUCCUUCGCCUCUGAUGCCCCGCCUUCGCUCAAAGGAGGGAUGAUUGAUAUCGAGGAUCUGAGCCUCAAAAUGUGCAAAAAGACAGGAAAAAAGUGUGAGGGGCAGUGUGGUCACAAGAUGGACAGAGAAGACUGCUUCUCGACUAACAGAGAGAAAAACCCACAGACUCAGCUUCGCAUUGUGGGAGCCACAUCACAAUGGUUAAAACCCACCUCACUUCAAGAUUUGCGCCAGUUGCUAAGGCAACACCGUGACGACCGCUACAGACUUGUCUUCGGCAACACUGGCUUUGGAGUUUACAAAGAGAUCGGACCCUGGAUGUAUGAAGUGCUGAUAGACCUCAGAGGUGUACAGGAGCUGUACAGAAUUGCUUUCAGUCCAACAAUGGAAUUGGGGAGCAAACUGAGUCUUGAUAAUAUUGUGGAGCUGUUUAAAAGAUCCAGUUCCAAUCCCGCCAUGCCUUACUCCUCAGUUUUUGCGGAGCAUUUAAAAAAAGUGGCGAACAGUGGUGUCAGAAAUCUCGGUAGCUGGGCAGGGAAUCUGAUGCUGAAACAUUUACAUCCGGGCUUUGUGUCUGAUGUCUAUGCCAUGCUGGAAACGAUAGGAGCUGUGCUACUCAUUGGCGAUGGAUAUGAAAACCGAAUCCAGUCCAGUCUCGAGGAUUUCCUGGAGCUGGAUAUGAAGGGAAAGCUUAUUGAAGCCGUGGUGUUGCCUGCAUACAGGGACAAUAAUAAUUUCAUCAGGAUGUACCGCGUUUCACAACGCCUUCAGGACUGUGAUGGUUAUGUCGUGGCUGGAUUCAACUUCAAGUUGGACAGGGCCAGCAACUACACCGUCUUACAGCGUCCAACUCUUGUCUUUCAAGGGGUCAAAGACACAUUGAACCGUGCCAAGAUCACAGAAGCAUUCCUGGUGGGGAAACAACUUGGAGUUCCUCAGGUGUUGACAGAUGCACUAAGAAUUAUGAAGGUGGAGUUUCAGCCCACCACUGACAUUGCAUUCAAAAGUAAUUUGGCAGCGAGUCUGCUUUACAGGUUCGUCCUGGAAGUGUGCGGAGACACCGUGAGCGAGAGAUACCGCAGCGGAGGGUUUCCCCUGACUCGCCCGGUGUCUUCUGGGACACAGACCUUCGCCACCCGUAGAGAGGAGUGGCCUCUGACCCAACCCUUGACUACAGUCGACGCUGACUACCAGGUGUCUGGGGUGUCAAGGUUCCUCGAUGACACUCUUCUUUGUCAGAAAGAGCUUUAUGCAAGUUUGGUCAUCAGCAAGGAAGGGAACGCUCGCAUUGCAUCCAUAGACCCGCAGGCAGCCUUGGCGAUGCCAGGAGUGCACAGGUUUAUACAAGCAUCAGAUUUUCCAGAAGGUGGAAGAAACGACUUUGCACUGUACGCCAAACAUCCAGAAGAGAUCCUGUGCAGUGGACAAGUGGAGUACGCAGGCCAACCGAUCGGCAUCAUAGUCGCAGAUAACUACGACAUCGCCAACACCGCUGCGUCCAUGGUCAACGUGACCUACACCGACGUCCAACAACCUUUGCUGGACUUUCACAAGGCGAUCGAGCAGAAGUCCUUCUUUGCUGAUCCAAUCAACACCGUUGUCGUUGGAGACGCUGACCGUGCGAUACAGGAGUCAGCGCGGCACGUGCGGGGGUCAGUGGAGACGGGGGAGCAGUACCAGUUCCACAUGGAGGCUCAGAUCAGUCGAUGCUCCCCCAACGACAACGGGGGGAUGGACGUGCAGGCGACAACCCAGUACAUCGACCAAACCGCCCAAACGGUCGCGGGCGUCCUCAAUAUUUCCCACAGCAGUGUGAACGUGGAGGUGGUGAGACUGGGAGGCGCGUUUGGAGCCAAGAUCACACGGAACUUGCUGGUCACCGGAGCAUGCGCACUGGCAGCUCACAUCAUGCAAAGGCCUGUGAGGAUGGUGCUGGACCUGCAUACAAACAUGAGAGCUCUUGGGAGACGCGAACCCUGGCUAGCAAACUACGAGGUCGGCUUUACAGAGGAAGGAAAAUUGAAUGGAAUUAAAGUCGACUUUUAUGCAGAUUCCGGCCACAGCAACAGUGACAACACACUUGGGGAGCUACUCGUGCAAGAACUGGAAGCUGACAAGGACCGCGGUUCGGACAAACAAGCCAACCAUGUCCGAGCACUGAAUGGAAUGAGUUUGGACUACUGCAACAUCCGGGAGAUUGUGACUCAGCUGGAAGAAUCUCUGACCUUGGCCAACAGACAGAGACAGGUGGCUGAAUUCAAUCAGGCAAACCGUUGGAAGAAGCGAGGAUUGUCCCUUGUACCAACACGGUACGGACUGGGUGUGAGUCACCCAUAUGCCAAUGUGUUUGUGGCCAUACACCACAGAGAUGGGACAAUCACCAUCGAGCACGCGGGCAUUGAAGUGGGACAAGGGGUCAAUAUUAAGACGAUCCAGGUGUGCGCCUUUGAGUUAGGGGUACCCAUGUCCCUGAUACGCGUGGCAAAGACAUCGUCUGUGACGAAUGCAAACUCUAGAAACACCGGGGGAUCGGCAACAAGUGAAAAUAACUGCUUGGGCGUGCUCAAGUGCUGCCAGAUGCUGAAGGCCCGGAUGGCGCCAGUGCGCAUGACGAUGACCGACCCGACCUCUACAGCUGUGCAACGGUGCUAUGAGGACGGAGUCGACCUCACGGCUCACUACUAUACAAACCCCUACAGCGAGUACAGCGCCCGCUACAAUGCCUACGGUGCAACGGUGGCGGAAGCAGAAGUCGACAUCUUGACUGGACAGUCUCAGCUUCGACGCGUGGACCUCCUGUACGACUGUGGAGAAAGCAUGAACCCAGAGAUCGACAUCGGUCAGAUAGAGGGAGCCUUUGUGAUGGGGCUGGGCUUUCACCUCACCGAGAAGAUCAGGUACAACGCCGACAAUGGACAACUGAUCACCGAUGGAACUUGGGGAUACAAACCUCCGCUACCAAAGGACCUACCAAUAGAUUUUCGAGUGAGCUUUGCUGAAGAACGCACCUAACCCAUUGGCAGUCCUGCGGUCUAAGGCUGUCGGUGAGCCCCCGAUGAUGAUGAGCAGCUUGCGGCCUCUUCGCCAUCAAGCACGCGUGGAGGCUGCACGUGCAGAGAUCGACCAAGACACCUACUUCACACUGAAUUCUCCAUCGUUGGUGGAAGACAUCGGAACAUCAUGCCUUGUUGACCCUGUUCAGUUUAACUUUCGGGACUGAGUGCAAAGGACUUCACUCUCCUGGCGAUGGCAUCUGAGAAUCCCUCUGAUGGCCAAUGAGUGCAGACAAGAAGAGAUCGAGUACAAGCUAUUGUGAACUAACCUUACAGACCAAGCAGACAGCUUCUCGAAAGUUUAUAUGAACUAUGAAUUUCGCAUGAAAGUGAAAAUAUUAAAAUAUUUUUUUAAAAACUCCCUGCAUGAACUGAGUCCAACUGUUAGCUUCUUUGACCGAAGAUAUCUGACCUUAACAAAGGCUAAACUCUAUUUGCAUUUGAGUUGUAAGUCAAGUGUAGACUUUGUAUUUUAUGUACACUUUAAAACGACCAAAAUAAAGCACAACAUACACAAAGAAAUGAAGGCGUU